AUGCACGUCUACGUUGGAAAAGUCAACUGGUAUGACUACGCGAAAGACGAGUGUAUCACGAUCGUCUUCCCCGCCGGUUUCGCCGUCAACGACCCCGUCUGCGCCUAUUGGCAAUGGACUGUUGAUACCAACGGUAACAAGAAGAGCAACACUACACAGCUGGGCCUGAUCACCAGCGUGACCAAGACAGCCAUAGAAUAUGGCGUACGCUUCGCUUUCGAUUAUUACGCCUUCGAGGGCGUCGUAUCGGAAGGCCUCAACACCUUGUCCCUCACCAUGUCCAACCCGUCGGGUGACAAAAGCAAUGUCUCGCUCUCUAAGCGACAUGGCGAUGCUGUGCGCAUCCCUACGACUUCGGUCUUCACCGGAAAGCUUCACUGGUUCGAGUACAGCCAAGACGAGAUGGCAACGCUAGUGAUACCCGGCGACGUAGCCGAUGGAGAGCCCGUGAUCCUCAGUCAUCAGUGGACAAAGGACGGCGAGGGGAACCCCAAGGCCAACCAUACCGUGAGCGGUACUAUGACCGGUGUUCAACCCAAGUCGGACGGCACUGUGAGCGCGCAAUUCAACGAUGGAUACUAUACGUACAACUUUACGAUGAAUACAACUGGCACCAACCUUCUGCUCCGUAUGGCAAACCCGUCCAACGACCGGGACUCGAAUGCGCCUUACUCUCUGAAGCGGACUGACUUCAGGGACACGAACAAGAAAAAGGGAUUGAUCUUGCGUUUCGGGACUAGCACUGACAAUGGCAUCUUCACAGUGCAAGAGAUGCUUGUCGAGCGUCUGGGAUUUGCAGAGGCCAACGUCGAGAUGGUGUAUUUUGACGUCGAUCCAGCCACAGGACCGAAGAGAUGCACCCUAGGGCAGGACCCGCCCACGGCGACGAAUUUCAAAUCCAAGUUUGCGCAGCUUUGCAAAGACGCAAGGCCCGGCGAUGUACGGUUUUUGUAUGUCGACGCUCACGGCACGACAUUUCCCGACGAGGAAUCUGGAGAAUCAGAUGGUAUGGAUGAGGGUUGGAUUCUUGCCGAGAAUGAAGACGGUACUCGGAAGGAGGUGGUCAGUGAUGACUGGCUGGCUGAUGCCAUCCGAGAGAACCUCGAAAAAGGGGUCAACCUCACUAUCUUAACCUCGUCAUGCAUGGGUGGCGGGAUGCUUGACAAGCACAGCGCGACGCCGGGGGUCCUGCUUGCAGGUUGUCACGAGACGCAAUUCAACGUGAAGGCGCUCAAAGGCAGGGAUCCGUGGAUGGUUGGUAUCACGACGGUCAUCAAAAACAAUAUCCGUCGCAAGCGGGGCAUCCCAACUUACUCGGUUCUCUUCAACGAUGCGAAGAAGUUUAUAAAGGCACAGCUCGCCAACGGCCAGCUCGGCAAAAAGUAUCAGGGCCCAAGCCCCAACGAGUUGGAGCCGAUCCCAAGAGACGAGGCAGCGUUUACAAGCCACCAAGACCCGCAGCUGAUCUUCGACGCUGGAUAUAUCGACCCGAACGAAGAGAGGUUCCUCGUUCCGUUUGUGUUGCCGACGAGCGGGGAAGCUACGGGAGACGCGAGUAAAUACCCGCGGGACGAGUACCCACACGAUGAGCUUUGA